AUGCUCGACGAUAGGGGAGGUGCCGGUGAUCUAAUCUCGACGCUCUUUGACUCUUCAGAUGUGGAGCGCUUGAUUGUCGAAAGCAUAAACGGAUUUGGACUGCCAGCGUGGCCUCUAGAACAACUUCACAAAAUUGGGGCCGAUUUCAAAGGGAAACCCUCCAAGGAGGAGACAUUUUUGAAAGCCAAUGCAAAUUCGGCCGUCAAUAAUACACCACCAGAAGACUUUUCAGAAGAUGUCGAAGAAUUUGCUCGGCAAUUUGGCCUCGAUAAGCUGGAAGAUCCUAAUUUUUUGGAGGGUGCCGAUAGCAAGCCUCUCUCCACAUCUAGUGGUCCUGUAGAUACCCAAAAAGCACUAAACAAUGUCGAAGCCAUCAACCAUUCAUCAAGCUCGGCGACCGGGUGCUGGCAGCCGUUUAGCGCGUCGGAUGCUAUCUUGGACUCUGUCCUCACCUCGGCGGUAAGCAGUUCAGAUCAGCUUCUUUCCUUUUUGGAGGAAAAAGGCAUCAAUAGCUCCCCGAUCGUAAAUCAGCGUCUUGCUGCUGAUCAGACACCAUCAACCCCAUCCUCCUCGUUCCGAACGAUUUCCAGAAUGGCGUUCAGUUCACCUCCCAGUAGCAUUGGUACACUUUCUUUCUCCAUAAAAGCGGGACGAAUCAUGUCUUCAAAGCGUGAAGAAGAAGAAAAGCUUGGGAUAUUCCGCACACCCAGCUCCAAGCGACGGUUGGAUUUUCUCAAUGCAAAGCCAGUCUUGGAGGAUGAUGCCGAGAUCAAGCGUACAAAGGAACCAAGUAGGUUGACUGUUGGCCGCGCCGAUGAGGGCGUUCUUUUGAUGAAGGAAAAUAUUGAUCCAGUUGGAAUCGGAUCUCCCCCGCCAGUGAAUACGACUCCACGAUCGCCGUUUGCAGAGGUCAAUAACAAUCCCUCGGCGCGCCCACGUUCACAUUCUUUGCUUACGCAGUUUUAUACUGCAAAUGACCCCAAUUUUGUGUCGAUGGAAAAACUUUGCAAAAAUUUGCUUCCUGUUGGAUCCGUUCCAUACGAGCAGGAAGAGGAUCCUGUUGAUGCAGAGUAUCGAAAAUUUAUCAGCGACACUCUUUCACCAACUUCAGAUAAAGAUGAGACAGCAGAAGAUGAUGAAGAUGAUGAGGUUUUUGAAGUAGCCGCUUCUGACCUCGUCCACAUCAAACGAGCACCCUCUUCCUGUGGCCAGGUGGGGUAUCGCAUUAAAGAACGAGAGCUCAAUGGGCUUAUUGCGGAUUGCCACCAAAUCAUUUCGGCAGACUCGAUAAAUUCACCGUUCCAGAAAUUGGAGUUCCAACCUUCAGAUCAAGGUUUUGCCGUGCCAGCGGUAGAAGGGGGAACUGCAAAGCAAGCUUCCACACCUGAAAAGCUCCUUACUAGGGUCACUCUGCUAAUCCAAAUCCAUGUCCAGCUUCUUUUUCAGCAGUUUGUUCUGUGUGCAACGCUUGCUUCUGGAUGCGAAGAGGCGGCCUCUAUGGCUAAAAUUGUCUAUUCAAUGCUUGCCGAGUUACGGAUGGAAGGUGAGCGUUCACUGACGAUGCUCGGACGAUUGCUACUACCUGAUGCGGCCCCCCCUUCUCAUUUGCCCAAUAUGUUGGGCGCUACAGCCAUACAAGAGCUUUCUGGGGGGUUUGAAGCUCCUACACAUUAUGGCUCCCGGUUUCCAGGGCCUAGCUUGGCUUCUGUUUUCAUGGUACCAGGGCUAGAGCGGCUUGCAAUGCUACGACCGACACUUGAUAAACUUGGGUUGGUGGCAAUUUCUCCGCCAAUAAACUCCAGCUGUAACCCCACACUGCGGGAAGGACCGCGGGACCUUCCUUCAAUGAUGCAGGUGCUUUUCACACUACUGGGACCAACUUUGCUGGAACAAUGGAAGUGCCUUCCUUUUAAAUCAGGUAAGUGUCGAUUUUGA